GCAGAUACAAAUAUAUCCACGUGUUGUUGUUUUUAUCUUUUAAACAAAACCCAGGCGGGAGUUUCUGUUACAUAUUUGUCCUUUUUUUAAAUCAUAACAUUUGGGCGUUGAAUCCGCACAGAACAAAAAGCAGACACAACUACGCUGGAUCGCUUGUUGUCGUUCAGUGUUUUAUACGACUCGGGUUUCUUGUCGUUUAUGUUGCAAGUUUGUUUUUUUUUUAUUUUGAUUUUUUUUUGUUUGUUUUUCAAAACGAAAAAUUAAAAAUGGGAAACGGCGAAUCCAGCCCGUUCAGCAGCCCGCCCUGUCCCAAGACGUCUUACCGAUUCAAAGGUGCUCAGAGUCUGGCGGUCAUUGGCAGUGACGCAGUAGUGAACCCUCAGAGCCGCUCGGUGCCCAGCAGACACUACUACACUCUGCCCAGAACAUCUGCACCCCACGCUGGGCUCAGCCUGGAGCCCCCUCGCUUCCACCCCCAGACCAAGGGCAAGAACAUCCGGCUGGACUCUCAGCUGCGCAGGGCCACACGCAAGAACAGCUUCUGCAACGGGAUCGCCUUCAGCCAGCGGCCCGUGUGGCUGUAUGAGAAGGUGCGGCUACGGCUCUCUGGGGUGCACAAUGGCUGGAGCGGGGCGCUGCGUUUCGGAUUCACCAGCAUGGACCCCGGAGAGCUGAACCCCGCUGACAUCCCCAAGUAUGCCUGUCCCGACCUGGUGACCCGGCCCGGAUUCUGGGCCAAGGCUCUGCCGGAGAGGCUGGCCGUGAGGGACACUGUGCUGGCCUUCUGGGCUGACAGGCAUGGUCGCAUCUUCUACAGCAUAAACGAGGGGGACCCUCUCCUCUUCCACUGCGGAGUCAGUGUCGGGGGACCCCUGUGGGCGAUCAUAGACAUCUACGGGAUCACGCAGGAGGUCACGCUGCUGGAGAGCAUGUUUGCGGAGAGCGUGGGUUCCAGCCGGCUCAGCGCAGCCAGACUCAGCGCCUACCUCCCCCAGAGCAACCACGACUCGGCCAACUACAGUAACAACCAGCUUGAGACAAACCAAGCUGCCGCUGCCAAGAUCGCCACCCUGCAGCUGGGUAACUGCCACCAGCUCCCCCCCUGCUGCUCCUCCUCCUCCUCCUCCUCAUCCCGGGGCCUGCGGGGCCUGCCACCUGUGUUGGACACUGACCUGCACUUCCACCCAGUGCGGGGCUCGGACGUCAGCCUGUCUGCCGAUCGUACAGCCGCAUGCAUCCACUGGUUGGACAGCAGCCGGACUCUACUGUUCACCGACCGGCCCCUACACAUCGGGGAGACCCUGUUUGUAGAAGUGGGCCACUUGGGGCUGCCCUAUUUUGGGGCGUUCUUGUUCGGGGUGACAUCCUGCAACCCCGGGACCCUGCGGACGAGUGAGCUGCCAACAGACCCAGAGUUCCUGCUGGACCGCAAGGAGUACUGGGUGGUGUACAAAGGCUUCCCUGUGCCCAGCCCCGGGGAUGUGCUCAGUUUCUCAUUGCUGCCCAGUGGAGAGGUCCAUCAUGGGGUGAACGGGGUCUCCCGGGGCAGGUUGCUCUGUGUCGACAGUUCCCAGGUUCUCUGGGCCUUCUUCAGUCUCCACGGAGCCGUCAACCGCCUGCGGAUUCUGGGGUCCAUGCAGUCCAGCUCCUCAAACGGAUCCCCGUCAGGCUCCCCUGGAGGGACCCCCAAUGACAGCGACUCAGACCUGGCCUUCAGCGUCACCCGCUCGUUCUCAACCUCCGAAUCAUCCCUGGUGACGGCGCCAAGCUCCCCCCUGAGCCCCCCACUCUCCCCAGCUUUCUCCCCCCCAGAGCUGCCCCCCAGAAGCAAGAACGGAGAAUGCACCGUGUGCUUCGACCAGGAGGUGGACACAGUCAUCUACACCUGCGGGCACAUGUGCCUCUGCAACGCCUGCGGCCUCAAACUGAAGAAGCAGAUCAACGCCUGCUGCCCCAUCUGCCGGCGGCCAAUCAAAGACGUCAUUAAGAUUUACAGGCCGUGAAUUUUAGAAAUUUCCCCGGGAGCUCAGCCUCGUCAUCGGCUUCCCGUUGCCCUUCUUUCGCUUUCGCUCUGUCCCGGGAGGAAUGGGAGUCACACAGCCUCAUCCUGCUGUACUGUAGGAGUGAAAAUGGAUCCCCAGUGCCUUGACUGUGAUGCAGGAUGGAACUGAACCUCUGUUCUGCAUUCCCAUGACGAGUGUGUGUGUGUGUGUGUGUGUGUGUGUGUGUGUGUGUGUGUGUGUGUGUGUGUGUGUGUGUGUGUGUGUAUAUAUAUAUAUAUAUAUAUAUAUAUAUAUAUAUACAGGCCUCAUCUAUAAGAGAACACACUUUUCAUGCUGUAUACUGGUAUUGUAACACACUACACUUCCAUAGGUAAUGGGAAGCACAGGGGAAUGUGUUUGAAUCAGUGUAACCACUUCUCAGUGCAAAUCAAGAGAAUUGCAAUUAUACUGUUCAGCUACUGAGCGUGUUUGUGGAGAACAUCCAUUUUCUAAAGGGGUUAAUUAAAGGAGCAGUUUAAUGCAAUGCAGUUGGAAGUGUACAGUAUGCAGUUUGCAGCAUGUAAAUCUAAAUGGCUCAUCUUUUUAUCAGAAAAAAAACAGCAUUGUUUCUAAUUGAAGGAGUGAAACCUGUCAAUGAGACAAUCAGCUUUUGUACUGCAGUUUUUAAUCCUGUUUAAUGUAACAAAUCUGUAUUAUACCACCCCAGAGGUAGGGGUCCGGUUUAUUAUCUAUACCUGGAGCAGCACUAGUCCACUGUUGCUGACCCUCUGUCUUCAUGUCACAGUUACGUUUUUAUUCCAGUCUGGAUAAAUGAGGUAGAACUUCAUCUGAAUCAGUGGUUAUCUGGUGGAACGUGUCCACCACACUUAUGCAGCUGCUUUCACAGGCUUUCAUUGCACUAGUCUUUGAGUUGCUAUUGUUAAUUUAGGUAAAAUAGUGCAAUAUUAGUGCUAAUUGGGGUCUGUGAAACAAGACGAUAUUGUUACAAGUAGACCCUUUAAACGAAGCAGUAAAGUAACUGAGAGCUGCUCGCCAUCCCGUUCUCCCUUUGCAAGGUUAAGCUGGCACAGCGACGUUUACAGUUUUUAGUGGGUCCCUGUUGAAGCAAUCUUUUUAUUGGUGUGUAAAAGAAGUGUUCCACUAGAGGGUUCUAAUGAGCUUGUGUCUGAUCGUGUUCCUUUCUUGAAUGACGGUGACAACAGUAAAGUUGCAGAUGUGUGUAAUAAAGUCCCUCAGGCUCCAUGUUGACCCCCUCCUUCCCAGUGCAGGGAUUAUUUAUUUGAUUUCUGCAACUCGGCAUCGAUUGCUAGACCUUUUUUUUCCCCAGUUUAAAUAAACACACACUUGCUGGAAUAGCUUGCACCAAGGAUUGUGAGAGCGAAGCGGUCAAACUGAAAGCGCUGCAGAUGACAUGACAGUCCCUGUAAAGUGGUGGAGCCAGAACCUGUAUGUCCGUACUGGUGUGUGAGACAGAUUAGAACUUCUUGGUGCCUUAUCAGGGGAAGCUUUUGCACUAUUGACAAUAGAUAUGACAAGCUGUCACGUCCAACUGAUUCAUAUUAUAUAUAUAUAUAUAUAUAUAUAUAUAUAUAUAUAUAUAUAUAUAUAUAUAUAUAUACACACACACACACACACACACACACACAGACUAAAACAAAUAUUCUGUGCAUUGUAAUGCUAUAAGUCAGUUGUAGCUGAAAUGCAUUAGAUGUCAAAAGUAGUCUGUUCAGUAUUCACUGAAUUUCACCGUCAGCUGGCAGCUGGCAGCUGGAAUUGUUUGAAUGGCGAGAAUGCGAUCAUACUCCCAGAGUGUAAUCCCAAGAAUGUGCACUAGAGGUCAGCCUUACCCAGCUUGACAAACAGGCACAUGUUUGUCCACGAUAUGGCUGCUUUGAGGGCCGUCCACCAGUGCAGCAAGAUUUCCACAGCUGGUACAAGGCUUAUAGAAAAGAUUGGUAUCUAUCUGCUCAUUUCCUUUCUUUUCUACUUGGGUAUGUUUGUAAAUACAUGUUUUUGUAUAAUUGGAUUUUCAGUGAGCUUACUGGGUGUUUAUUAGCAUGCUUAUUUCCACUGCUAUUCAAAGAGUCAACCAUGCUUAAAAAAAACCCCACUCUCUCAGGACACUACUACUACCUAGCUGGAAAAAUAAACACAUUCAGAUAAACUGAGAAAGGUCUGUACAGUAACACCUCUAAAUAGGACCAGGGGGUAAAACAGAAUUGUUUGGCUAAUUGAAAUGUAACUGUGAAAUCGCUUUACAUGACUUUCCUGAUGAAGAAACUUCCUGAAAAGACACAAUGCAGUACUGCCCUGCCCUGUAAAAAACAGGGCUUGAGGACUUGCUGGCGCUUUUUCUAUGACAGCAGGGCAGAAGAGCACAGCACACAACAGGACAGGCUACCAAGGGUCUAAAAACGACCAAACUAAUUCUACAGGACACUGUUAGAGUUUUCAGGGUGUCAUACUAGCAAUUGAAAUAAAAUCUUUAAAAAAGUAAAUAAAUAAAAAAAUUAAUAAAAAUGUUUUUUUUUUUUUUUUUUUUUCAAUAUGCAAAGCUAGACAACCCAAGCUUUGCAGAAAAUGUUCCAAGAUAAUAUAUAUAUAUAAAAUGCUUUUUUGGCAUUGAAGUGGAAUAAGAAAAAUAACUUCUAUGUUCCAUUCACUACUUCUCUAGAAGAGACAGCGUAGUGCACUGCUUCUACACUCUCCCCUUGUUGGCACUGCAUUGUAUUUGAGCACCCGUGGGAUUUUGUAAUGGUAAAGAGGUUGUAGGGUUUCUUCAAUUCAUGAAAUGUUGUGGAAGUCCUUCGUCUUUGAGGUCUCCAUGCUGUGGGAACGUGUCACACAAUGCCAGUACGAGCCACAGCAGAUGUGGGGAGCUCACAAUCCGAAGCUCAUGAAGCUGCUAUUGUGACAUCACUGGCCAUUGCAAUAUGAAAGACAAACACGCCCGCAUCGUGUAUGGAAUGGGAAGGGUCUGCUGUGGUGUUGUGCACUUGUGGAAACAUUGCCUCUGUUGGCUUUUGCCCCAUUUUUCAUCUUUUUGCUUUGAAUUGGAAAUGCCAAGGUAAGCCAGAGGUGGGCAUGUCAGUCUCAUCUUCUCGUCAUUGCGUCGUUGAUGGUUUUCAAACCAGUUACACGUCUUGCUGGUUUAUCAUCAGGGUGCUAUUAAUCUACUGCUCUGAUCAUUUCAUGUGCUGGCUCUGACUGCCCCUGUGAACUUCACUGACCUCUGUUUAUACCAAGUAACAAUGUCACAGUACUGGUUUCAAAUCAUAACGUUGUUGUGAAGAUUUACCCCCUUGCUUAGUGUGUGAUUUUUCCUUGGUGAUACAGCAGCUAGACCUCGAGGUGUUCUCCUCUGGUGAAGCGCCAGUGCUCUGUGUUGCUGACUGUAGGGGAGGCUCAGGCAGCUCCAGCCCCACCUCUCCCAGCCCUGACUCGCACUGGAGAAGGGCACGUCUGUGGCUAAACCCUGGCUGUCAUGUCAGCGGCAUCUGCUUCUAUUUGAAUAUGUACAUGCAUGCUCACCGCACACGCAUUACUGCUUUCCAGUACAGUAUACAUCAAUGUCACCUAGUUCGUCUGUUUUUGUAUAAAAAAAUUAAAAAUCAAUAAAAUAAAAAUAAAAACAUUUUCAAUUGUAACAUUGAGGAUUUUCUCAAGUAUGUGUGUGAGUGGGCAGGUGAGUUUUAUGUAACUUUUAAAAAAUAUAAUAAAUUAUGUUUUUACAGAAAAAGGAAUACAGAAAAUAUAACAUGUUGAAAAAGUUACACAGUGAAUACAUUCAUCACAUGUUCUUAAGCCUUAAAGAAAGUAUGGUAAAGAUGUAUAAUAUAUAAAAUGUCUAUAAUUGUACAGUCAGUAAUGCAAUAGUAUUACCCUUGGCAGGCUGAAAUUUAAAAGUUCUGCUUGGUUGUGGUUUCUCAGAAAAAGUAGUAUUUUUAUCAGUUACUAUUUUCCAAGCCAGUGGAAUGAUACUCACAUUUAGGACAGUACUGGGUGUGGGGUAUUUAUUGUCAUUUUACCCCUGCAGUAGUAUCCCAAAUUACAACCAUUGACAAGCAAUGCAGAAGAUCUUGAUGUGAUAUUUGUUCCUUUUAUUGCAAAUAAACUCAACCCUUAGUGAU